AUGGUGUCCAGUACCAGCUCCGCAAGCCCUGACGAGGGCCUACCAGAACGCCAUACUCCUUCUACGGCCUCCAUGUCAACUGUGCCUCCACCCCAAACCGAACUAACAGAUCAGGAGAUGGAGAGCGACCCGCGGAAAUACAUAGGCUACCCGCACUUUGCCAACGACAUAGCAUCCGAUGCUGCAUUUUGCUUCUUCCGUCGGUUCGAUCGCUUGAACACGCGUAUUAUCUUGAGCAUGCAGAACGGCCUGUCGCGUACCGAGAAGGAGCUGGAUCAGCUCGACGCUCACUGCAUGCAUCCCGGGUCUGAUGUAGUCGACAAUGGGACGUUUUGUUUGAACGACCAGGAUAACGAGUGCCAGUUCCCAGACGCGCUCAGACCAAAUCAGUACAUGGCGUCUUAUCUGCAGCUUGGCGCUUGCGACUCGGUCGAAGAGAAGGAUAUCACGAGCCUCCACACCUGGCAUAAAAACUACGAGAACGCCAUAGCCCCCGAGGAAAAAGAAUAUCUUGAUCAUGAGGACCUGUUUCCCGUCAGCGCACAGCGGAAAGCCCCCCUGCUGCGAAUUCUCAACAAGUCAAAGCGUUUCCGCCGCAUGGGAUUGUGGGAGGUUCCGGCACCCAAGACCGGCCUUCCAUUUCCCGUCUCGCAGGAUAUUCGAUUCUAUUCUUCUAAGCGCAAGGAGCGGGCUGUGGCCUGGGCUUUUUCCAUCACCGGGCUAUUGCUGAUGGUUGGCCCAGUCUGGGCCUUGUCCUACAUUCCCUUGAAACCCGCCAGGUUGGGGCUGAGCACGGUCUUUGCUGUUUUGUUCUUCGGGCUUGUGGGGAUAGCGUCAAAUGCAAAGCCUCAGGAGGUGCUGGCAGCUGCAGCCGCAUAUUUUGCAGUGCUGAUGGUCUUCCUUGGGCCUUGA